AUGUCUCACACAAUCUUCCAGACCUCCAAAUUCACCGCCCCAACUAAAACCAAUCACCACCCGUCCUCCACCAGAACCUUAUCGUCCAAAAUUCCCUUUUUGCCCCCUUCCACUGUCCCUCUCUACCCUCUCUCCGCGCCGGCUCUCCGUAAGCUCUGCAAGUCUCUCGUAGUCAAAGCCUCGUGUUUGCCGCCGUCGCCGGAUUUUGUGGACGGUAAUAUUGGUAGUACCGGCUCAUCCGCGCACUUGGAGAGGUGUUUCCUAACUGAGCAUGGGGCGGCUCUGUCUUCUUCUUCAUCGACUACGGUGAUGUCUCUUCCUGUUAUGAAGAAAGAUUACGGAGCCUUUGGUGCUGUCACUUUAGAGAAAUCGAAGCUUGACAUGACCCAAAAGCAGACCAAGUCCAGCCCUGAGUUGGCAACCGGUGGAGGUGGUGGUGAUAUCGGAAAGAAUAUCAGUCAUGGAGGUGGUGAUGGAGGUGAUGAUGAUGGCGAUGAUGAUUCUUACUUUGAUGAUUUUGAUGAUGGUGAUGAGGGAGAUGAAGGUGGACUAUUUAGGAGGAGGAUAGUUUUCAAAGAGCUAUUUGAUCGUAAAUUUGUUGAUGCGAUUCUGAAUGAGUGGCAAAAGACAAUGAUGGAUUUACCGGCUGGAUUGCGGCAAGCUUAUGAAAUGGGUCUGGUGAGCUCUGUUCAGAUGGUGAGAUUUUUGGCCAUUAAUGCCAGACCUACUUAUUCAAGGGCCAUAUCACGGACGCUUCCUCAAGGACUGUCUAGAGCAUUCGUUGGCAGGAUGAUUGCAGAUCCCGCAUUUCUCUAUAAGCUACUUUUGGAGCAAGCUGCAACAAUUGGUUGCUCUGUUUGGUGGGAAGUGACUAAUCGCAAGGAGAGGUUAAAACAAGAAUGGGAUCUUGCACUUCUAAAUGUGUUAACAGUGACGGCUUGUAAUUCUAUUGUUGUCUGGUCACUUGCUCCUUGCCGGUCUUAUGGAAACACAUUUCGGUUUGACUUGCAAAAUACAUUGCAAAAGCUUCCGAACAAUAUGUUUGAGAAGAGCUAUCCUCUUAGAGAAUUUGACUUACAGAAAAGGUUACAAUCUUUCUUCUACAAGGCUGCCGAGUUGUGUAUGGUCGGGUUGACUGCAGGAGCUGUUCAAGGAUCAGUCUCAAAUUUUGCUGCUAGUAAAAAGGAGGGGAGGUUAUCAGUUACCGUUCCCUCUGUAAAAACUAAUGCACUUGGUUAUGGAGCUUUCCUUGGUUUAUAUGCCAACCUGCGCCAGCAGCUACUCUUUGGAUUAGAUAGAGCAGCAAUGAACUAUUUUGAUGUCAUUGGAGUGCCCCUUGUCUUAAGCAUGGGUUUAAGGAUCAUGAAUGUUCAAUUAGGAGAGACAUCAAGGCGAUCUUGGCUUGGCAUGGAGGCGGAUCCACUUGCCCAUUCAGAUGAUAUCCUCAAGGUGUACAAUCGGCCUGCAGAAAGUGUGAAGGACUCGGCUGAUUCUAAGUGGUUCAUAUCAAAAAAUGCCAUUAUUUCAGGACUUGGUCUUCUUGGCAUUAAAAAGGAAAAUGGCGAAUCUACAACGGAGGGCGAAACACCUUCUCCCAAGGUUCGCAGGAAGAGAGUUGUCAAGAAAAAGGUGGCUAGUAGAGUAUAG